ACUAAUUUUUUGUUCUUCCAUUUCUUGCUUAUAUUCCUCUUCUUUGCAGAAUCCUAUUUCCUUUUUUACCUACGAUUUCUUGAAGAGUUCUUCACUGUGAUACAAGAAAAUCAUUUAAUUUUUGCAAAAAUUGUGACGGAAGAUUGGGCUAAAAUAAUCAAAGUUCCCUUUUAACCUUUCCCAAUUUUAUGAAUUAGGGCUUCUGAAAGAUGAUGAAAAUCUGGUUACCGGACUGUCUGAUCGCCGAUUAAUCGGCGACCUUGUUCGGUGUUCGAUUUUGUAUGGAAACUCGGAGCCGGAAACGGACGGAGGCCACGUCAUCAGCGCCUUCUGCUUCUUCUUCUUUGUCUUCUUCCUCUGGUCCCACCACACGCGCUGUCAAGAGAGCUCGUCUCACCACACGCGCCGCCUCAAACUCGAUCUCAACUCGUUCCGUAGUCACAAAUCGUUCGCAAGUCCCACUUCCGAUGGACUCCACGAAUGAGUCUUCCGGGUCGGGCACCCGAAUCCGCCGGGGAAAGAAUCACGGGUCGGAUAAAAAUAAUCCAGAGAAGGGUAAGGAAAAAGAACACGAAAUUAGGGAUAGAGACAGAGAUAUCGGUUUGGACAUGGAUACUGAUGGGGGUGAUGAAGAUGAUAAUGAAAGUGAAGGUGGUGCUGGGGUUUUGCACCAUAAUUUGACUUCAGCAAGUAGUGCACUUCAAGGAUUGUUGAGAAAAUUGGGUGCUGGUUUGGAUGAUUUACUGCCGAGUUCAGCAAUGGUGUCCACUUCCUCGUCGCAACAGAACGGGCGUCUGAAGAAGAUUUUAUCGGGCUUGAGAGCUGAUGGGGAAGAAGGGAAACAAAUAGAGGCAUUGACGCAGCUUUGUGUGAUGCUUUCCAUUGGAACAGAAGACUCGUUGAGCACUUUUUCAGUGGACUCUUUUGUACCUGUGCUGGUGGGGUUGCUUAAUCAUAUGAGUAAUCCUGAUACUAUGCUUCUCGCAGCUAGGGCGUUAACCCAUUUGGUUGAUGUUCUGCCAUCUUCUUGUGCUGCUGUUGUGCAUUAUGGAGCGAUUUCAUGUUUUGUAGCUCGGCUGCUCACGAUCGAAUACGUGGACUUAGCUGAACAGUCUCUACAAGCUUUAAAGAAGAUAUCUCAGGAAGAUCCAACUGCCUGUUUGCGAGCAGGUGCACUCAUGGCUGUGCUUUCGUAUCUCGAUUUCUUUUCCACUGGUGUUCAGAGAGUAGCAUUAGCAACUGCUGCUAAUAUGUGCAAGAAGCUGCCUUCGGAUGCUGCUGACUUUGUGAUGGAAGCUGUUCCAUUGUUGACGAAUCUCCUUCAGUAUCAUGAUGCAAAGGUAUUAGAGCAUGCUUCUAUCUGCUUGACCCGGAUUGCUGAAGCAUUUGCAUUAUCUCCAGAGAAGCUAGAUGAACUCUGUAAUCACGGACUUGUCACACAGGCUGCCUCCCUCAUCUCAACCAGUAAUUCUGGAGGUGGUCAGGCUUCACUCAGCACGGAAACUUACACAGGCUUGAUCCGGCUUCUUUGUACGUGUGCCAGUGGCUCUCCAUUAGGGGCUAAAACCUUGAUGAUGCUUGGUAUCAGUGGGAUCCUCAAGGACAUUUUAUCAGCCUCUGUCUCUAUUUCACCUGCCUUGAGCAGACCUGCGGAGCAGAUUUUUGAGAUUGUGAAUUUGGCAAAUGAACUACUUCCUCCGCUGCCUCAAGGAACCAUCUCUCUUCCCGUCAGCACAAAUUUGUUCAUUAGAGGUCCUUUUAUGAGGAAAUCCUCUGCUAGUGGUUCUAGCAAACAGGAGGAUCUGAAUGCAUCUUCUCAGGAGGUAUCAGCUCGUGAGAAGCUAUUGAAUGAUCAACCUGAACUUCUGCAACAAUUUGGAACCGAUCUCCUUCCUGUUCUGAUCCAGACAUACGGAUCCAGUGUAAAUACAGCAGCACGCCACAAAUGCCUCUCAGUUAUUGGAAAACUUAUGUAUUUCAGUAAUGCAGAUAUGAUUCAGUGUUUAGUUAAUGACACUAACUUGUCAAGUUUCUUGGCUGGGGUUUUGGCGUGGAAGGAUCCCCAAGUAUUGGUGCCCGCUCUUCAAAUAGCAGAGAUUCUAAUGGAGAAGCUCCCUGGAGUUUUUGGCAAGAUGUUUGUCCGGGAAGGUGUUGUUCAUGCUGUAGAUGCCUUGAUGUUGUCUGGUUCUCAUGUUUCUGCUCCUCCCCAGCCAACACGUGCUGAGAAGGAGAAACAUAAUCGACGCCGUAGCACUAAUUCCAAUACAGAUGCAACUUCUGUUGAAGAUCCUACUACUCCAGUUCCAAGUACUGGAUCUCUGCCAAAUUCAAUGGAAAUUCCGACUGUCAAUUCUAGCCUUCGGAUGUCGGUCAGUACAUGUGCAAAAGCUUUCAAGGAUAAAUACUUCCCUUCAGAUUCUGAGGCCGCUGAAGCUGGUGCCACAGAUGAUCUUAUACGAUUGAAAAAUCUCUGCAUGAAGUUGAAUGCUGGUAUUGAUGAGCAGAUAGCUAAACCUAAAGGAAAAUCCAAAGCAUUUGGUCCUCAGCUUGGGGAUAGUUCUGUUGGAAAGGAAGAAAAUUUGGCUGAAGUGAUAGCUUCCAUGAUGGGGGAACUCAGCAAAGGGGAUGGUGUUUCAACUUUUGAGUUCAUUGGAAGUGGAGUUGUUGCUUCUUUGCUGAAAUAUUUUACAUUUGCAUACCUUUCUAAGGAAAGAAUCUCUGAUACUAGUAUGUCUAGGCUUCGACAACAAGCAAUCAGAAGAUACAAGUCUUUUAUUGCAGUUGCCCUUCCUGCUGGUGUUGAUGGUGGAAGUAUGGUUCCCAUGACUGUUCUGGUCCAAAAGCUUCAAAAUGCUCUAUGUUCAUUGGAGCGUUUUCCUGUUGUGCUGAGUCAUAGUUCCAGAUCAUCGACUGGAAAUGCACGUCUUUCUUCAGGUUUAAGUAUUUUGUCUCAGCCAUUUAAGCUGCGCCUUUGCAGAGCUCAAGGAGAGAAAACCCUCCGUGACUACUCUUCAAAUGUUUUACUGAUUGAUCCUUUGGCAAGUUUAGUAGCUAUUGAAGAAUUCCUCUGGGCCCGAGUUGAGCGACCAGAGACUGGACAGAAAGCCUCUGCUUCUGCAGGAAACUCUGGGUCUGGGACUAUACCUGCAGGAGGCAGUGCGUUAUCUCCAUCUAUGUCCACUCCUGCCUCUGCAUCUCGUCGUCAUUCUGCUCGAUCUAGGUCAGCAGUUAAUAUUAAUGACAGUGAUGGAAGCUCUUCAAAGGGCAAAGGUAAAGCGGUUUUAAAGCCUCCUCAAAAAGAUGGCAGAGGAAUUCAAUCAAGAAAUCCUUCUAGAAUAAGAGCUGCCUUGGCGAAGGCCUUAACAGAGGAGGAACCUGUUAACGGGGACUCUAGUUCAGAGGAUGACGGGCUGCAUCCUUCUCUCAUUGAACUUGACGAUGCUUUGGUGAUUGAGGACGAUAUGUCCGACGAAGAUGAAGACGACCAUGAUGAUGUGCUGAGGGAUGAUCGUCUUCCUCUUCCUGUCUGCAUGGCAGAUGAAGUGCAUGAUGUUAAAUUGGGAGACUCUUCGGAGGAUAGCCCUCUUGCACAGACACCAACUGGUAGCAAUACAAAUGCUGGUGGUGGUUCUAGGAGCAGAAUUGCUUCUGCUCGGGGAUCUGAUUCCGUUGUGUUCAGAAGUAGGAAUUCCUAUGGUUCAAGGGGCGCAAUGUCAUUUGCUGCUGCUGCUGCCAUGGCUGGUCUUUCAUCUGCUAGUGGUAGAGGUGUGAGAGGCGCCAGAGAUCGGCACGGGCAUCCUCUACUCGGCUCUGGUGAUCCACCAAAACUAAUAUUUUCUGUUGGUGGGAAGCCGCUUAAUAGGCACUUGACUAUCUACCAGGCUAUCCAGCGGCAGCUUGUUCUAGACGAGGAUGAUGAUGAGAGAUAUGGUGGCAAUGAUUUUGUAUCUAGUGACGGAAGCAGGGUUUGGAGUGAUAUUUACACCAUCACAUACCAAAGGGCAGACAACCCAGCUGAGAGGCCGAUGAAUGGGUCUGGGAGUUCAAGUUCCAAGUCUGCGAAAACCAGUUCUUCGACAAGUUCCAGUGCUGAUCCUUCAUUGCUUCGAGCAUCAUUGUUAGAUAGUAUAUUGCAGGGAGAACUUCCUUGUGAUCUGGAGAAAAGUAACCCUACUUACAGUAUUUUGUACCUCUUACGUGUAUUGGAGGCGCUGAAUCAGCUUGCCCCCCGUUUGCGAGUCCUGUCCAUGAUUGACGAUUUCUCUGAAGGAAAAAUUUCCAGUCUAGAUGAGCUCAGUACUACGGGUAUCAAAAUUCCUUCUGAGGAAUUUGUCAAUAGUAAGCUCACUCCGAAAUUGGCACGACAGAUCCAGGAUGCUCUUGCACUUUGUAGUGGGUCUCUUCCAGCUUGGUGUUGCCAGUUGACCAAUGCCUGCCCAUUUCUUUUUCCAUUUGAGACUCGGCGCCAGUACUUCUAUUCAACUGCUUUUGGGUUGUCACGUGCUUUAUAUAGGCUGCAGCAACAGCAAGGUGCUGAUGGUAAUGGAUCUACUCAUGAGAGAGCAGUUAGGGUUGGUAGAUUACAGCGCCAGAAAGUUCGUGUCUCAAGGAACCGCAUUCUGGAUUCUGCUGCAAAAGUAAUGGAGAUGUACUCUAGCCAAAAAGCUGUUCUUGAAGUUGAAUAUUUUGGUGAAGUUGGUACUGGCCUGGGUCCUACACUGGAGUUUUAUACCCUCAUAAGUCACGAUCUACAAAAACUUGGACUUGGAAUGUGGAGAUCAGGUUUAUCAUCAACGUCAAAUGGACAUUCUAUGGAAGUUCAUAUAGAUAAUAAAUUAAGUGGGGGUGAUAGAGAUCUUGUCCAAGCACCUCUUGGAUUAUUCCCACGUCCCUGGUCACCACAUACUGGUACUGUUGAUGGAGGUCAAUUCUAUAAGGCAAUUGAAUAUUUCCGCUUGCUUGGACGUGUUAUGGCGAAAGCUCUUCAAGAUGGACGGCUUUUGGACCUUCCACUGUCCAUGGCCUUCUAUAAGCUUGUUCUUGGCCAAGAACUUGAUUUGUACGAUAUUCUUUCUUUUGACGCCGAACUGGGGAAGACUUUGCAAGAGUUGCAAGCUCUUGUCAGUCGAAAGCAAUAUAUAGAAUCAAUAGAAGAUCAGAACCUAGACAAAUCUUCUGACAUGCGUUUCCGUGGGACUCCAGUUGAGGAUCUUUGUUUAGAUUUCACACUUCCUGGCUAUCCUGAAUAUGUUCUUAAAGCAGGCGAUGAGAAUGUGGAUCUCAGUAACUUGGAGGAAUACAUUUCUUUGGUAGUUGAUGCUACUGUCAAGACUGGAAUCAGGCAGCAAAUGGAGGCCUUUAGAUCUGGCUUCAAUCAGGUUUUCGACUAUUCAACUCUACAAAUAUUCUCUCCUUCAGAGCUGGACUAUCUAUUAUGUGGCCGUAGAGAGCUGUGGAAGCCUGAGACACUAGUAGAUCACAUUAAAUUCGAUCAUGGGUACACAUCCAAGAGCCCUCCCAUUAUUCACUUACUAGAGAUUAUGGGAGAGUUCACACCUGAGCAGCAACAAGCAUUCUGUCAGUUUGUCACUGGUGCUCCCCGGCUCGCCACAGGUGGUCUUGCUGCUUUGAAUCCUAAGUUGACAAUUGUGAGGAAGCAUUCAUCCAGUGCUGGCAAUGCAGCUCACAACAGUAAUGCUCCAUUAGAAUCUGCAGAUGAAGACCUACCCAGUGUGAUGACAUGUGCUAAUUACUUGAAACUCCCUCCCUAUUCUACUAAGGAGAUCAUGUGCAAGAAGAUACUCUAUGCCAUUAAUGAAGGUCAAGGAUCAUUUGAUUUGUCGUAAGUCAAAGUGACUAAUAGACUUGUUUAUACAACUCGAGAGAAUUGGUGCUUCUGGUCAUUGAUAAUGGUGACGUCAACCAUCAUCUUCAAACUAACAAUAGUAAGCUGACAUGGAAGCCUUGUUCAAGAUUUCUCCGGGGUUCUUUCUGCUGCUGUGAAGCUUGUUCAAGUUUUCUGCCGGAGUUCCUUCUGUUGUAAAUGUUAGUAAAUACGUAGCAAGAUUCUCCUUUCAUUUUUGAUUUAUUAAGUUGGUGAAGUACAUUAGUGUAAGGUCACAAUGUUGCCUUCUUCCCUUUGCUUCUCUUAGAUUUAAAAUUAUACACCUUUGGCAUUUUAGCUUAUUUUUAAUACAUUAUAAUAAAUUCCACCGAGUCCGACGCAUUUCA